GAGGCGGCCGCACGUCCACCCUCUCUCGCGCGCGGAGUGCGCGGGUGGGCUCGAGGCUGGAAGCGCGUCCGGCGGUGACGUGGUGGAGCUCCUGGACGCUAGCGAUGGAGAGAGCGCUGGCGGUGCCACGGCUGCCGCCGCACGACCCGGGGACACCGGCGCUGUCGGUGGUGGACAUGCACACGGGCGGCGAGCCCUUGCGCAUCGUGCUGGCGGGGUGUCCGGAAGUGGUCGGCCCCACACUACUGGCCAAGCGGCGCUACAUGCGCCAGCACCUUGACCACCUGCGACGACGGCUCAUGUUCGAGCCACGCGGGCACCGGGACAUGUACGGGGCUGUGUUGGUGCCUAGCGAGUUGCCGGACGCGCACCUGGGCGUCCUGUUCCUGCAUAACGAGGGCUACAGCUCCAUGUGCGGCCACGCAGUGCUGGCCCUGGGCCGCUUCGCCGUCGACUUCGGGCUGGUCCCCGCGCCCCCGGCCGCUGCCCGCGAGGCCCGCGUCAACAUCCACUGCCCGUGCGGGCUGGUGGCCACCUUCGUGGAAUGCGAGGGCGGCCGCAGUCGCGGCCCUGUGCGCUUCCACAGCGUCCCGGCCUUCGCGCUGGCCACAGAUCUCUUAGUGGAUGUUCCUGGUCGUGGAAAGAUGGUGGUAGACAUUGCAUAUGGCGGGGCGUUUUAUGCAUUUGUUAGUGCUGAAAAGGUAGGACUUGAUGUUUGUUCUGCAAAGACAAGGGACCUUGUGGAUGCAGCAAGUGCAGUGACGGAAGCCGUCAAAGCUCAGUUUAAAAUUAACCAUCCUGAGAGUGAAGACCUUUCCUUUCUGUAUGGAACUAUAUUAACAGAUGGAAAAGACACUUACAGUGAGGAACCAACCACCAACAUCUGUGUGUUUGCAGAUGAACAGGUUGACAGAAGUCCUACUGGAUCAGGAGUGACAGCUCGAAUUGCCUUACAGUAUCACAAAGGGCUUCUAGAACUGAACCAGACCAGAGCCUUUAAAAGUAGUGCAACCGGCUCAGUAUUCACAGGGAAGGCUGUCAGGGAAGCAAAAUGUGGGGAUUUUAAAGCUGUUAUAGUGGAAGUAUCUGGGCAAGCCCAUUAUACAGGGACAGCAAGUUUUAUAGUGGAAAAUGAUGACCCACUGAGGGAUGGAUUCCUUCUCAAGUGACUUCUGUGACUUUUCAGCACUCUUUCUGAAUUAUAUGGAAAAUGAUAUCCACAUUGUACAUGUAAGCCAAGUCCCAUUCAUUCUAAAAUAGUAUUUCUGUGACUAAAUGUAAUCAUUAUACCUCAUAUUUGCACAUGUCAUUGGUAUAAAUGUCACCUUUGUCAGCUUACAAAAUGCUGAAAAUUCAGAAUGUUUUUCUAGUCAUUAACCUAUCAGGUAAAAUUACUACCUUAGUCCUUAUUAGUCUUAAAAUGUUAUUCUCUGCUAGUUACUACAGUAUGUUGUUUUAGAUGCUCGUUGGAUAAUAAUAGCUUGAAUUGUAGCCCUCAUAACAAUGCCUCUUACAAGUUCAUUGUUUUAGUCUUCCAGUUUUUGAGUAAAAUAAUAUCCUCUCUCCGAGCAGGAUGUAAGGGAGGUGGAUUAUUAUAAGGUACUCAGCACUUAGCAUACAUAGCCUGGGAAGGAUUGGGAUGGGUCAGCUUCUUCGGGCAGAUGUUAUAGUUGCUGCCAGGAUGUUCUCUCUGCUGCAAAGGCCUGCUCCUACAGCGAGGUGGCUGAAGUGCCAUAAGCUGAUGUGAGAAGACCAAUAAUCAGACUUUUGCUGUAUCGUUAAGGUUCUUAUAAGAGGGGUUGUUUACUGCAUUAUAAACACAGUGGAAAUCAAUGAAUCAUUUCAUACUCUACCAAUUAAAUGCCAGGUAGAUUUAAAACCUGAAAGAAAUGUUAACUAUUAAUUCUUGCUAUUUACUUGUCUGUGAGCCUGUUAAAAAUAAAAUUUGAUCAUUUUCAGUCACUAUAAAAUGAAGUAUGUCGGGGCGCCUGGGUGGCUCAGUCAGUUAAGCGGCCUACCUCGGCUCAGGUCAUGAUCUCGCGGUCUGUGGGUUCGAGCCCCGCGUCGGGCUCUGUGCUGACAGCUCAGAGCCUGGAGCCUG